AAAUGCAAUAACAUUGCAAUAACAUAAGAGUUGGUUUAUGCUUUGAAUCUCAUUUAUUCAUUAUUUCAUAUUUUUAAAUUAAGUUAUUAUUGCUUGCUUUUUAAAUACAUUUAGAAUGUCUCACUUAAAAUAUAUAAAAGAAAUAAAUAAUUUAACUCGCAUGGAUGAAACUAUCAAGGGGCCACUUCCGCGCUGGCAGAAAAAAUGUUUAGAAACAUCAAAUUCCAGUAUCAAUCAUAGUAUUAAUACAUCACGAAAAAUUACCAAUGGAUCAUUUCCAACACCAACACCAACACCAACAAAAAAAAAUGAUACUCGAGUGAAGAAAACACCUUCUAAAACUUCCAAGAAAUCUCCAAGUCGUACACCAGCUAAAACACCCAGUGGCGGUGAUAGAUUUAUUCCUUCAAGAGCAACAACAAAUUUUGAUCUUAGUUAUUAUAAGAUUCAACAACAAACAAAUAUAGAAAAAAAUGAAGAAAAACUAGACAAUGCAAGCCCUUCCAAAAGGGAAAUGCAACGCCUCAUGGGAGAAAAUUUACAUGGUGGUGAUAUUAAUCAGAUGAGAGUUUUGUCUUAUCAAAAUAAAGCACCAGCUCCCCCAGAAGGUUAUCAAAACCCAUUGCGUGUUGUUUAUAGUCAAAGUAAAACACCAGCAAGUAUAAAAGCUUCUACAAGAUACAUACCACAAACUCCUGAUAGAAUAUUGGAUGCUCCAGAAAUUGUUGAUGAUUAUUAUCUGAAUUUAAUUGAUUGGUCAGAAAGUAAUAUUUUAGCUGUAGCAUUAGGAGCUAAUGUAUAUUUGUGGAAUGCUGCAACAGGAACUAUUGAACAGUUACUUGAAUUAAACGGCAAUGAUUAUGUUUGUUCUGUUGCAUGGAUUCAAGAAGGUCCAUAUUUAGCUGUAGGUACCACAGUAGGAAAUACAGAAUUAUGGGAUUGUAGUCAAACAAAAAGAGUACGUGUAAUGAAUGGUCAUGCGGCCAGAGUAGGUUCUCUCUCUUGGAAUUCACAUAUUUUGACGAGUGGAUGCAGGGCAGGACAAAUAGUGCACCAUGAUGUUAGACAAAGGGACCAUUUAAUAUCAACAAUUAACGCACAUGCUCAAGAAGUAUGUGGUUUAAAGUGGUCACCUGAUGGAAAAUAUUUAGCAAGUGGUGGAAAUGAUAAUAUGCUUCAAAUAUGGCCAUCAGUGUCUACACAAAGCCAUACACAUAUACAACCAAUUUAUUCAUUUAAUCAACAUCAAGCUGCUGUAAAAGCACUUGCUUGGUGUCCUUGGCAGAAUAGCAUUCUUGCUAGUGGAGGUGGUACUGCUGAUAGAACUAUUCGAUUUUGGAAUUGCAAUACGGGUGCAUGUUUAAAUAUGGUAGAUACCAAAUCACAAGUGUGCUCUUUACUAUGGUCUACAACGUAUAAGGAAAUUGUAUCCGGUCAUGGAUACGCACAAAAUCAGCUGAUAAUUUGGAAAUAUCCCGCAAUGACAAAAGUCGCAGAACUUACAGGUCAUUCUAGUCGUGUUUUACAUUUAGCAAUGUCUCCAGAUGGUACUACGAUACUUAGUGCAGGAGCUGAUGAGACCUUACGAUUAUGGAAAUGUUUCCUACCUGAUCCACAUAAGAAAAAAGAUACAAGUGAAAUAAAAUCUGUUGCAUCUAGACUUAAGCAAUCGAUUCGAUAAUGUUUUUACAUUAACAGGCGAAGUAAAUUCGUAUAUUUACUUAGUGACACAUACGACAAAUGACUUAUUUUUUAAUAUGUCAUUAUUAAUGUAUUUAAAAUAAAUUUGAUAUAUUUAGUA